GAACGGCUCCACGUACUUUGCAUCAUUUUAGACCAGUCCGGCAAUCCCGGCGCCCUUCCACCCGACUGCGACUGCGACUCGGGCCCGUGGUGCAUGCCGAGGAAUGCACAGCGAUGGCGGAGGAGAGCCACCCGCCGGCGCGCUACGUGAAGCUCACCCGCGACCAGGAAGCACCCGCCGAUGACAUCCUCCCCGGCGAGCUCAACCAGCCCGUCCACGUUCCACAGCUCGAGGGCAGGAGGUGCCCCGAGUGCGGCCAGGUUCUGCCGGAGAGCUACCAGCCACCGGCCGAUGAGCCCUGGACCACCGGAAUCUGCGGAUGUACCGAUGAGCCCGAGAGUUGCCGAACUGGAAUGUUCUGUCCUUGCGUGUUGUUCGGGCGCAAUGUUGAAGCCCUUAGAGAGGAUAUUCCCUGGACAGCACCUUGUGUUUGCCAUGCUGUUUUUGUGGAAGGAGGGAUCACGCUUGCGAUUCUAACGGCAAUAUUUCAUGGUGUUGAUCCAGGAUCAUCAUUUCUUAUUGGUGAAGGUUUAAUGUUUAGUUGGUGGUUGUGUGGUGCGUAUACUGGAAUUUUUCGUCAAGAACUCCAGAAAAAAUACCAUCUCAAGAACUCCCCAUGCGACCCUUGUAUGGUCCAUUGCUGCCUGCACUGGUGCGCAAACUGCCAGGAGCAUCGCGAGAGGAGGGGCCACCUCGUGGACCAUGGAGAUGCGUCAGUGACUAUCGUUGAUCCGCCUCCCGUGGAAGAGAUGGGCAUGCCAAGAGAAUCAUCGUGCUGCUUCUGAGGCUUCCCCUGAGAAUAGGUCGUCCAACAAGACAAAAGCUCGAAGCAGACCUGAGAGGGAUCACGCUGCCGUGGUCAUACGUGCUCAUACAUACCUUUGUUGGUCUCAGACCAAGAAAAAUAAGGGAGUUUUAAUUUAUUAGGAGGAUAGCAAUGCUUAACAGAACUUGGUUUCUCUGUCAUAGCAUGAGUGAGUGGGACAUGAGAUUGAGCUUCACGAUGGACCUGGUUGUAGAACUGCUGCCUUGUCAGUGUUGUUAUGUGGUGUAGAACUGCUGAUGAACCUGUUAUAAACUCAAACAUACAUUAAUUUCUCGAGUUAUUUAUUUGCCUAAAAUCA